AUGGUUAUCGCUUGGUGGUACAGACAGGUCAAUGAAUACGCAACUCGCGAAUUAACGCAUUUUACGGACCGCUUUCCUGCUCUUUCCGGCCUUGCGAAAGAAUACUCUGAUCGUACAGGCUACCAUUAUACGGCGGGGAUUUGGCUGGAAGACUUCCGUCGUGGUUUAUUAUGGAAAAGCAUUGGAGGGAGAACCGACGCAAGGUACUCACCAUCUUGGAGCUGGGCAACGGCAAUAGAUGUUCCAGCUUGCAGCAGACACGACUUGUACGUUUUCGGUCCUUCUCCUUGGAGCCAUAUUGCUUCAAACGAAGUCCAGCUCGUCCAUAAAUCUGUGAAGAACGUUGGAGGCAACCCUUUUGGCCAAGUCAUUCUGCCAGCCAAGUUGUCACUACGAGGGAUAUGCAGGCAAAUGAAGGAUCUCCUCUCCACGUAUGGCUUCUGGUUUCGUGCUGGUAUGUAUGUGCGCCGUCCUGUGCCGAAGAUUAAGCCUGAGAAUUUUGAAAAGCCAGGCCCUGAUGCUAUCGUGCUUUGGAUGGAUUCGGAAGAGUUCGAGCAUAGAAUAUUCUGCCUCGAAGAGGAAAUCUUCGUAUUGCAAGUUGCCCGUUUCAAGAUACAACGUGACCUCAUCGGAAUUCCCCACUGGCACCCGAGAAAAUCUUCAUAUAGUGGGGAUGUAAGCUUCGGACUUGUACUGGAGCCAACUUUGAACGAAAGAACUACAUACCGCCGGAUUGGUAUCGUUGAGAUGCCAAUAGAUGGAAGCGAGGAGCUCGGCUGGGAAAUGAAGACUGUCACCAUUGUCUGA